CUUGGAUAGUUAGUACUUUUUCUUCUGCUAAAAAAAGCUCCCUCUACAUUUCUCUCUCCAGUUUACGUUUAUGGAAACCCGUAAUCAUCCUCUUUCUUCUUUUUCUCUCUAAACCAUCCCAACAAUUUUUAUUUCUUUUUAUAUAUCAACUGUAAACCAAACCAACUCCCUCCAUCCAUCUCUUCUUCUGCCUUUCUUUGUUACACAAUUCUUUCUUCCCUCCAUGAACUCGUAAUCAGCGUCUUUUGUAAUACACAAAUACAUAGUCAGCAGAUUAGAAAAGAUACAUAGAAAUAUAUACAUAUAUUUAUAGACACAACAUGGCGUUUCAUCACAACCACCUCUCUCAAGACCUUCCGCUUCACCACUUCACCGACCAACACCAACAACCGCAACAACAGCAGCAACAACAAAGCAUCUCGGAAACAACAGCUCCUAAUUGGCUCAACUCAGCACUCCUCCGUACACAACAACAACCACAACCUCCACCACAACCACACUUCACGGACACAAACUUUCUCAACCUCCGUACAACUGCCAACAACAACAACAACACGGCUUCGGAUUCUGACGCUUCUCACACUCCAAACCAAUGGCUUUCGCGCACGUCAUCCUCGCUCCUACACCGUAACCACAGUGACGUAGUCGACGACGUCAACCCAACCAACGACUCAAUCAUCGCGGCCGUUGAAUCCGUCGAUUUGAAAAACAGCAACAGCGAAAACAUGAACAAUAAUAAUAAAAGCGAAGGAGUGGUUGUUGAGAGCGGCGACGGAGUGAUGAACUGGCAAAAUGCGAGGUACAAAGCGGAGAUAUUGACGCAUCCGUUGUACGACCAGUUACUGUCGGCACAUGUGGCGUGUUUGAGGAUCGCCACGCCGGUGGAUCAGCUGCCGAGGAUUGACGCUCAGUUGGCCCAGUCGCAGCAUGUCGUGGCUAAGUACUCGGCCUUGGGCGCGGGUCAGGCCAUGGUUCCUGAUGAUAAAGAACUCGAUCAGUUCAUGACACAUUACGUUCUACUGCUCUGUUCAUUUAAAGAACAACUGCAACAACAUGUUCGGGUACAUGCAAUGGAAGCAGUAAUGGCUUGCUGGGAGAUUGAGCAAUCCCUUCAAAGCUUAACAGGAGUUUCACCAGGUGAAGGUACAGGCGCAACAAUGUCUGACGAUGACGAAGACCAAGUUGAUAGUGAUACCAACUUGUUUGAUGGAAGUUUGGAGGGUGCAGACACUAUGGGAUUCGGUCCUCUCAUCCCAACAGAGAGUGAGAGGUCCUUGAUGGAGCGUGUGAGGCAGGAGCUGAAACAUGAACUGAAACAGGGUUACAAGGAGAAAAUUGUGGACAUAAGGGAGGAAAUUUUGCGCAAGAGAAGAGCAGGAAAACUUCCUGGUGACACCACCUCCGUUCUAAAGGCUUGGUGGCAAUCACAUUCCAAAUGGCCAUACCCUACAGAGGAAGAUAAGGCUAGGCUGGUGCAGGAGACAGGUUUGCAAUUAAAACAGAUAAAUAAUUGGUUCAUCAAUCAGAGGAAGAGGAAUUGGCACAGUAAUCCUUCAACUUCAACUGUCUUGAAGAGCAAACGCAAAAGUAAUGCAGGUGAAAACAAUGGUGAUCGAUUCAUGUAAAUUGAAGACUAUCCAAGGACCGACCUGGAUAAUCUCUUUCAUGCUUCAACACCAGUGAUAAUUUCGACAUACACCUACUAAAUAGAAACUGUGACAGAUAGGGCUUCAGAAACGAUUGGGGUUACAAUUGAAUAGAGCUAUAUUUUGCUAUAUGCUAUCGAGAAGAAUAAAAAUGGCUAAUGAGGAAGGUGAGGUCAUGAUGAACCCGAUUCAUGCCAUAUUUUGCAUGUAUACAUAAAAGUCUUGCAUAUGGAUGUGGUGCUAUGUAUGUGAUGCAAUAUCUUUAGGAAUUAAGUUCAGUAUUUAGGAAUUAUAUAACUGUAACUGAAUUAUCCAUUUCACACAUAUUGAUGGAUUUAUAAUUUUUGUUUUCGCACAUCAUAUUUGUGAAUAAGAAUAGUGAGAGGUUGUGGGUGUACAGUGUAAUAAUCUUGGUUUAAUUUCUUACAGUUAUACCAGUGAUUUUAUA